AUGCCGUGGGCAUUGCACAUGGAACUGGAGCAAACCCAAGAGUUCCUGGCAGAGGAGUUCUUUGAUGCGCUGAUACCAGUCUGGCAGGAGAUCACCGAGGGCCGUGGUCCCGAGGCGUCUCCCAAGGCCCCACGAGAAUCCACCUGCGCGACCUCUGUGGUGCAGAUUAUGCGACUUGGCAUCGAGCGGGUUUUCACGCUGCUGAGAGACUGGCACGCCUCCGUGCGGAUCUUCCGCCUGGCACAGGCCUUCCGACAUCGCGGCCAUCUGGCGGCGUGUUUGGACCCGCUGCGGGGGAAGCAGUCUCGCAAGCUGUCUCCAGACGAGCCCGUCCACUGGCGAGUCGGUGGCCGCCAUGGUCAGAAAAUUCACAGCAUCGAUGUGAACCAGCUACUUCGGGAGUAUCCGGAGAGAAUCGACCUCGGUGUCUUUGCCCUUGAAGAUUUCGCAGAGACAGACCCACUGCCGGCAGGCGUGGAGGUGCCUGCCUUCUGGGGUGAGGCGCCAAGCGGCGUUUGGACCUUCAGGAGUCUUGUCGAUCGCCUGCACAGUGCUUAUGCCUCAACAUUCAGCAUGGAGCACCAGCACAUCGACAAUCCUUCAGAGAGGUGGUGGCUAGAAGAGCGCGUGGAAUCCCGCGGCCCCUGCCCCGGUGCCCGCAAAGCCGCGUUCCACCGGCUGCUGCGCGCCGACACCCUCGAGGUCUUUCUGGGCACCAAGUUUCCGAAGGCCAAGCGCUUCGGCCUCAAGGGCUGCGAGGCUUUGCUGCCCGCCUUGUGGUCCUUGACCGAGAAGGCCAGCGAGCUGGGCAUGGAGCACUUGCAGCUGGGCAUGGCCCACCGGGGCCGGCUCAAUGUGCUGGUGAACUUCCUGGGGAAGAGAGUCUGGGAGGUUUGCAGUGAGUUUGGCGAACAGAACGACUUUCUGGGCGACCUCAAGUACCACCUGGGGACUCGCGGUGCUUGUACGGUGGGAAGCAAGGACGUGCAUUUCACCUUGGCUCCGAACCCUUCACACUUGGAAGCGGUGGAUCCGGUGGUGCUUGGCAUGACCAGGGCAAAGCAGGACUACAUGGGCGACCAAGACAUGCUGCGUGUCAUGGGCGUUCUCAUUCACGGUGACGCAGCCUUCUGUGGCCAGGGCAUCAUCUCUGAGUGCCUGCAACUUGCUGAUCUCCCUGCCUACACCACCGGGGGCACGGUGCACUUCAUCAUCAACAACAUGGUGGGUUUUACCACAGAUCCGCGUGCGGCGCGCUCCUCCUACCAUUGCACGAACGUGGCCAAAGUCAACGAUGCCCCGAUCUUCCAUGUGAACGCGGAUGACGUGGAUGCCGUCAUCUUUGCUGCCAAGUUGGCCGCGGAGUACCGUCAGGUCUUCCGAAAGGACGUGGUCGUGGACUUGGUUUGCUACCGCCGGGAAGGCCACAGCGAGGUGGACGAUGCCUCGCUGACUCAGCCGCUGACGCAGGAGCGCAUGGACCGGCACCCGCCGGUGGCGCAGCAGUACUGCGCGGUGCUGGUGGAGGCGGGUAUCGUCAAGAAGGAGGACGUGGAAGCGGAGGUGGACCAGAUCUUCGAGGAGCUGGAGGCAGAGCACCGGUAUUCGCAGCUGGGCGUGGGGCUGCAAGACUGGAAGAUCCACGACGCGCAGACGCGGCCGGUGAACCUCACGGGCCUGCCUCUGUCGUGGCUGACCCAAAUCGGCGAGGCCACCUGCCGCAUCCCGGAGCACGUGAAGGCGCACCCCACGGUGUGUAAGCUCUUCCAAGCGAGGCGCCUUCAACUGCGGACGGGCCGCGUGGACUGGGCUCUGGCGGAGACUCUGGCGAUUGGCUCCUUGACCCUUCGCUUUGACCCCAAGCGGCACGAGGCGCCCAACACGGGCCUACUGACGGAGGAGGAGCUGCACUACGUGGUGCAUCCGCCGUGCCACGUGCGACUGUCAGGACAGGAUGUCGAGCGAGGCACCUUCAACCAGAGGCAUAGUAUCAUCUAUGACCAGAACAGCGCGACGCCUCACAGUAUGCUGAGCGACUUGGGCCUUGGGGAGCAAUCGGAGGCUGUGAUCUGCAACUCCUCCCUCUCAGAGCUCGCCAUCCUGGGCUACGAGUAUGGCUAUUCCCUUGAGGAGGGCGCCGGCCUGGCUCUGACCAUGUGGGAGGCGCAGUUCGGGGACUUCGCCAACUGCGCCCAGCCCAUCAUCGACAACUUCAUCGCCAGCGGCGAGCAGAAGUGGGGAAACCUCAGCAACUUGGUCAUGCUGCUGCCGCACGGGCUGGAGGGCCAGGGCCCCGAGCACUCCUCCGCGCGCCCGGAGCGCUUUCUGCAGCUCGUGGAUGAGGACCCCGAGAUGCUCUGGCCGGCGCCAGACAAGGCCCUGGAGGAGAAGAAGAAGCAAGAGGCAAAAGCUGCUGUGCAGCGGGUGCUUGAUGCUAUUAGAUCUGGAGAAGCGCGGGAGAGGGAGCAAAGCGUUCAUUCCCUGGCAUUGCUGCAAGAGAGCUUCGACUUCUGCCGGAACAUCAUGAUAGCAUAUGUCACCACGCCUGCGAAUUUGUUUCAUGUUCUCAGACGCCAAGUUCAUCGAAGCUUUGCCAAGCCCCUGAUUCUGAUGACUGGGAAGUACUUGCUCCACCAUAGGCCCUGCCGCUCACCCCUGGAGCACAUGGUGUCUGGCACACGCUUUCAGCGUCUCAUCCAGGAAGGCAGCAGUGGCGACAACAUGAGCACAUCGGUCUCGACCAAGCGCUGCAGAAGGCUGAUCUUUUGCAGCGGGAAGGUGUUCUACGAUUUGCAUCACGCCCGUGCAGCGCGCUGCCUUGAAGGUACCGUGAUGCUGCAUCGCUUGGAGCAAGUGGCGCCUUUUCCUGCAAUGAGCGUGGCAGUGGUGUGCAGCCAGUAUCCAGAUGCCGAGCUGUACUGGGUUCAGGAGGAGCCAAAGAACAUGGGCCCGUGGUCCUACGUGGCCCCGCGCUUUGCCACGGCGCUGCGGGAGCUGUCGCCGGAUGCAAAGGAGCGGCCCUUGCGCUGCGUGGCGCGGCCUGCAGCCGCCAGCCCGGCGACGCCGCUUUUCAAGAUGCACCGCCAGGAAGUGCGCCUCCUACUGGCGGAGGCGCUGUGCAUAGAAUGA